CUAUUGAUGUGUUUUUAAUAGUUUUUGGACGACAGUGGAGCUCGAUGCUGCAGAGGAAUCAGUUCAUGGUUGGUUUUCUUUUGACUGGAUUUGUUGACAAUAACGAAAAUAUACAAUAUAACCAGACUCAUCUUUUUAAAACAUUAAAGCAAAAGUCUCAUAUCUGAUUAGGCACAAACUGAGGCUAAAAACGCCAUCGUUCCUCCUGCCCCUCACCAACCACAGCACUGUAAUACACACACACACACACACACACACACGGAAAUGUAAGCUAAGCUGAGGCUCACACUGGAGGAUGUGCGAACACACACCGACUUGGCCAAACCCUGCCACAAAGCACUGGACCACCACACACAUAAACACACAGAUAUAAUCUCCUGCUGACCUUCACACAGCCUUUACAGAGAGGGGAGACGCUGUGAUGCAGCGCGACUGAAACAUCAGAACAUCAAUGACACUCUUCCUCAGCGCGGCGGGCUUCUAGAUGUUUUUAGGUGCUGAUGAUACUGUAGCGAAUAAACCCCGCCCCCAAACUCCUCUGCUCACUAUUUCCUAACGCCUAGUGCUGCCUACCUCGCUAACCCCACCUCACACACACACACACACUUUUGCUUUUUGGCCACUAGCCACAGGAAAACUAAGCAAUAUCCUCAUUCCUGCUUAUCAACCUAUUUGUGGUCGGCACACUGAAAAAUACAGCGCUGCCAAUGAGAAGCAAUCAUGAUUUCACAGUUUAGUCCUCAAAGAUUCUGUGUCCUGUGAUGUUGUAGCAAAUAAAAAAAGUGUGUAAACAAAAGGAACAACCACCAAACGUUUAUUUAUAGAGCUGAAAUGAUGAGUAAUCGAUUAGUCAAUCGACAGUAAAUUAAUCGGGAGCUAUUUAGAUAAUUGUUUUGUAAUUUUUCAAGCAAAAAUAUCAUCUGGUUCCAGCUUCUCAAAUGUGAAUAUCUGCCGAUUUUCUUUGUCUUGUAUGUACUGAAUAACGUAUAACUACAAGGAAAUUACAUUGACAUUCUGCGUGUCAUGAGUACCCAUUUUAGCCUUUUCGCGUGUCAUUUGUAUGCCACACAAACAUCCGCAGUUAGGUUCAGGCAAUAAAACCUCUUAGGGUAAGGGGAAACGUCAUGGUUGGGCUCAAAACAAGUACAUAAACUAAGUAAAACAUCACCAUCUCCUGACAUUUUAUUGACUGAAAUGUGAAUUCUCUAUCAAUUAUUUUGUAUUAAUUGUUUUGUCCUGAGAUUUAAAACUGGAACCAGCAGAUAUUUGGUAUUUUUGCUUGGUAAUAAAUUAAUCUAGAAUGUCUGUUGACUAGUUGAUUAAAAAAGAUCAACUAAAAAGUAUCACAAGAUCCAUCAGUAGCUGUCCUAGAUCUUUCUAUUGUAUCGCACACUAUUCCUCAGCAGUUGAUAUGGUAUUGUAGAUGUUCAAAUUCCCAUUGUUUCUGCGCAUUUUAACAACUUUUCUGUCUGAAAGUUAAUUCUCGACCUUGGAAAACGGCUCAACAAUCUCACCAGAAGAUCCCCAUUAUUAGCUGUUCUGCAGCUUUUGGUCGUAUUACGACUUCCUCGGCAGAUGAGGUUGCCCAGUUGUCAUGGAAAUCCUUAAAAUGCUCAAAAAACAGAUUUGACCAGCUACAAUUCCAUGACUGAGGAACAACAUGUGACACAAUCAAAAGCUCCAGAACCGCUAUUAAAGGACCAUGUGACGACUGUUUUGCUCCCUAAUCAAUUGUUUUCAGGCCUACACAGUUUAAAUCUUCAAGUUUAACAUGCACGUUGGCUUGAAAUAAAGAUAAACUAAUCUGGACAGUAAGAAAAUGUACUCUCCUGCUCACUCUACUCAUUUCCUCACAUGCUAAACCGAUACGGCGUGCUCUAUCUGUCUUCAGUCGACACACAGGUUGAUAAUAAGCUCCAAUAAGGUUGUUUUGAUGUGAAGUCUUGACUCCUCUCCCCCUUCGCUAGCACUGUUAGUAUCUUUGCUACCUCUUCCUUAUUCAUCUGCUAGCUACCUCUUCUAGAAAUCUUCCUCUUGCUAUCUGCUACCUCUCUGCGCACCCCUUCGCUACCUCUCGUACCCAUUUCCUUUUCUUUUUAAUCUCUUUUUAUUUUCCUGCCCACGUGACUGCUGCAUCACUGACUGUUGCCCUCUUCUUCUCCCAGUCUGUUGGAAGAAGAAAACACACAAAGACACACGUACAGUCGCUCUCAUUCACCCCGCCCUCCUUUCCCAUUCAACACCUUACCAGGCUUGUUACGUAAUAUCACUUAAAUAUGACGGGAAUCCCCUUACAUAUAUUAUCUUUAAUCAAUACUCUUUUGUGUUAAUGGUAAUGUAUUUUUAAAGAGAAGUUUUUGUGUAGAUGGAAGUUAUCUCUGUUCUUUGGAAGUUUGUAGCAUUUGUUUUUCUUUUUUUAUUUUGUAUGGGGUCUGUUGGUACUUGGACCUAGACACUGUCGAAUAAACUGUUUUGUAUGAGGUUGA